GAAUGGUCGCUGAAGCUGCAGCCUCUGUGGAGCAUUGUCAGGAAAAAAUGAACAGGCAGGACCAGGAGGAACUUGGUGAUUGUGCUGCUGCAGAAGAGGGUCAGAAUGAAGGAGGAGACAACAACUUCCUGGGGCCCCCAUCUGCAAAAAGAAGAGUGUCCUGUGCACUAGAUGAAUUACUUGGGAACACUUUUGGGGAAACCAGCAGGCAGGCACCAGCACUUCAAGAGAAGUCAGCCUUUGAAAAUGCAGCAGAGGAGGUGAAAGAGUACAGCAGGGCUGCUCCUUUGCCACUGUCUGAAAGUCCAUUAGAGUGGUGGAAAGAACAUCAUUGUGAGUACCCUCUCCUCGCCAAACUAGCCAAGCGGUACCUAUGUGUACCAGGGACAAGCGUCUCUGCUGAACGUGUCUUCUCUACAGCCGGGGACAUUGUCACCGCUCAGAGGAGCAGCCUCACCACAGAGCAUGUUGACCAGCUCUUGUUUUUGCACAAGAAUCUUGACAUUCCCAAGCACUAGCUUGAUGAAGAGCAUAGUUCAUUGUAGCAGCAGAGUACUUUGAAAAAGUAUAUAUUUUUGUUCACUGUAUUAUGCAUUUAGUUUACUACUUUUGAUGUCAAGGGUUUUGAACAAAACACUUUUCAAAUUCAAUUUCAUACAAAGUUCAAGGCAAAAAUUUUGAGUUUUCAGGGGCUCAGUUUGACCUGACAUUUGUUUUCUUAAAGCACUGACUGAACAGAAACAGCUAAAUAAGCUAAAGAAAAAUGUUUUAUGUAUCUUUUCAUAUUGUACAUUUGUUUGCCUUUUUUACUUACAGUCCAGGCUUUGAAAAGGGUUUAAGUGCACUUUAUAAUGGAGUAUGUUAUCGUAAAGGCUCCUAUUUGUGUGCAGAUAAAUGCAGCAGUUUACUUCACAAAGUCUAUAUUCUAUCACAUUUUGUCAGAAGGGUUUCAGAUGUGUUCUAUACUGAUUAUUGCUGCUUUUAAAUGCAGUCCAGGCUUUUGAAGAGAAAGUAUA